AUGAAUCCGCGAGGUCCAGAUGGAGAAGGCAACAAGGGCUCGAGAGGACGACAAGCUGCCGCCAGUACCAGUGGCUCUCAGAUGUCCAGACCGGAUUCCCGAAUGUCGUGGCUAUCAGAGCACGCCUCGACUGCACCAGAAAGAAUCAUAUCGUCCAGGCCAGAUGAGCAGAAGGCUGUGGAUAGUGAGAGUCACCCUACCAGUCACGAUACCGCAGCGGCAAUGCCUUCUCAUACGCGACUGCUGCCACAAUCAUCUGCCGUAUCCUCGAGCUCCUCUGCAUCCAUCGACGACGUGGCAGUAUUCGCUCCAGGCGCAGUGCCUGGAGCGCAGAAUCGUAUCUCUUCCCACCGACUCCGUGCAUCAACUCCAGUCCAUGAUAUCUCUCGGAAACGCGAGAUCGCCGAAGAGGUCCACGCUGAGCACUUCGAAGGUGACCGCAAGAUCAAGAAGAUGCGAGGGAGACAGGGAGCCGCAUCGAAUGGCAAGGAUGCUGCGCAGGCGGAGCGUAUGAUGCGGCUCUGA